AUGAGAAAACUGAAAUCGUACAUGAACCAAUGUAGCCGUGCCGUGCUCACAGACUCCGGUGUCAUGAUAAAAAGCCAGCAUUCUUUCCCCUCGGACGAGCUGGAUAGUGCGCAGGAGUUCAACGAAAUUGGGCCUGAACCAAACCCAUUUGAGGAUGAAACAGAGGAAAUAAGUUCCACACGCAAAAGCUUCGACAGCGCAUCACUCAUCAGUUGCGUAACUUGUCUGAGUGACAAUUCCAACUCAAAUGACGAAAACGGCGAGCAGUCGCUCCCGGCUAACACUUUGAUCCCCUACGCUAAGAUCCUUUACGCCAAAAAAAUUUGUGUUAUGAACAAUGAUUUUUCUCCAUAUAGGGACGACGUUGCUGGCAGCAGUAAUUCUGAAACCAAUGCCCCAGGUGCAGAACUCCCAUCGGUCCUCGUUGAAGUUACAUUUGCUAAACCGAGGCGCCAUAACUUGGUGCCAAAAAAGCUGCUUCUCAGUUUUGGGACAAUCGCUCCUGAUGACGAUGUCGCAGAAACCUUGAUGCAAAGAAGCUACAAGAACACCAAGCGUGAGAAAUCCAUUAUGGUCAUAAUCAAUCCGCAUGGUGGUAAGGGUCAGGCGAAAAAGCUUUUCGUGUCUAAAGUUAAACCCAUUUUCGCGGCAAGCAACUGUUUAGUAGAGGUGCUAGAAACCUCCUACAGGGGCCAUGCUUCAGAGGUAGCCAAGACUCUCGACAUCGACAAGUAUGACGUUAUUGCAUGUGCGUCUGGUGAUGGAAUUCCACACGAAGUGCUCAACGGUCUUUUUCAAAGAAAAGACCGUGCUGAUGCCUUUAACAAACUGGCCAUUACGCAGUUGCCCUGUGGUUCGGGGAAUGCAAUGAGCUUGUCAUGUCACGGAACAGCAAACCCCACGUAUGCCGCGUUGAGCGUGGUCAAGGCCCAGGAAGUAAGGAUAGAUUUGAUGUGCUGCACUCAAAGCUCUUACAAAACUGAACACAGACUUUCCUUUCUGAGCCAAACAUACGGCGUGAUAGCAGAAUCUGAUAUCAAUACUGAAUGCAUUAGAUGGAUGGGGCCAUCCCGCUUUGAACUGGGAGUUCUGAUCAACGUAUUACAGCGCAAAAAGUAUCCAUGCGAUCUUUACGUUAAGUACGCUGCCAAAUCGAAAAAUGCAUUGCGGGAGCACUACAACUUGCACAAGAGCAAGCAAGAAAAUAGCAGCGAUGACUCGUCUCUAGAAAUUCCAGAACAGCAGGACGUGGAAGAACCAGACUUCAAAUUGACCUACAGCUUGUCAGAUCCUGUCCCUGACGAUUGGGAGCUCGUAGACCCUGCCAUAACAAGCAAUCUCGGUAUCUUUUAUGCAGGAAAGAUGCCUUAUGUUGCUCCUAACACCAAGUUUUUUCCUGCUGCUUUGCCGAGCGACGGAUGUUGUGAUCUUGUUUUGACGGACUCGAGAACUUCUAUUACAAGGAUGGCACCCAUUCUCCUCUCAUUAGACAAGGGACAUCACGUUUUGCAACCUGAAGUUGUUCAUUCUAAAGUUACUGCUUAUCGGCUAGUUCCGAAGUUGAAACAAAGCAUCAUAUCCGUUGACGGUGAAAUGUUUCCAUUUGAACCUUUGCAAGUCGAAGUACUUCCGGGUUUGUGCAAAACUUUAUCAUACAACGGUUCUUAUGUGGAAACAGAUUUUGACUCCAUGUAG